AUGAAACAUGAUUUUUUUAAGGAAAAGGAGUUAAAAAUAAUUGAGAAGAUAGGUGAAGGUGCUUUUGGUUAAGUGUUUAAGGGUUUGUACAAAGGAGAAGAAGUAGCAAUAAAAGUAAAAUAGCAUGAAAUAGUUAGUCUAUGUAAGGUGCAUAAUUAUAGGAAACAUCAAUAAUGGAGAGUCUAAAACACAAAAACAUUAUUAAAUUUUAUAAGGUUGAAAUAGUUGAAAUUAAAUAUAGUAUUAUAAAUAGGGAAACCAUUAGUAUUUGGUGAUGGAAUAUGCUGGAGGUGGUUCUUUGAGUGAUUAUAUGAAACAAAGUUUGGAUGAAGAAACAAUUAGUAGAAUAAUGAAAUCUAUAUUUACAGCAAUUGAAUAUCUUCAUUCUAAAUAGAUAAUUCAUAGAGACAUCAAACCAGGUAAUAUUUGAAAAGUAUAAAUAAUUAGAUAAUAUCUUAAUAAAAAAUAGUGAAGAUCUUUCAAGUGUUAAGAUUGCUGACUUUGGUUUAAGUUAUUAGUAUAUGCCAGAAAUUCGUUAUUAUUAAACAGUUUCGUAAUAAUGUGGUACAUUUAUAUUUAUGGCACCUGAAUAAAUUUUAAAUAAAACAUAUAAUAAAGCUGUUGAUAUGUGGUCAUGUGGAGUUGUCUUAUUUAUGUUACUUAAUUAAGGAAAACAUCCAUUUUAUCCUCGAAUUUCAACUAAAAAGGAUUUUAUCAAUAGUUUUCCUGAUUUAAAAUAUGAAUAACCUUUACAUUCUUCACCAUUAGCAAGAGAUCUCCUUUAAAGAUUAUUAUAAUAUGAUUAAGAUUCUCGAUAUACGGCAUCUUAAGCUUUAGUUCAUCCAUGGAUUACUAGAAAUUUUAAUCAUCCUAUUCCUAUGAGUGUAAAAGAAUUUGGCAUUUGUCAAGAAUAAAAAAAAAAAGUAAUUACUUUUAUAUUACAUAUAGAUUUUUCAAUUUUUAAAGGCUAUAUUAUUUUUAAAUUAAGUUUCAUAAGAUUCAAUCAAAUAAUCUCCAAUUCAAUCAAAAACUGAUUUAGGAGAUUUUAAAAUAUCUAUUAUAGAAUUUGAUGAAGACAACUAUGAUUAAGAUUAUUAAGAUACCAACAGUCCUAAAAAUUAACAAUUUUUCAAUAAAUUAUCAAUCUAAAGACCGAGUAAAAUCUUAAAGUCUUAUCGUACUCUCAAUAAUAUACCUUAUAAAGGUAAACAUUAUUAAUUAAAUGCAAUUCUUAAUUAAACUAAUGAAUCACCAAUUAGAGAAUUAAAAAAAAUUAAAUUAUAACAAUAAUUUAGUAUUGAUAAUGAAUAAUUCAUUAUUCCUAUUGAUCCUGAAUCUCCCAAAAAACAUCUUAGAGGAUCUUAAUCAAAUAAACUUCUUUUACCUGCAUUGACAGAAUCAACUUAAGUAUCACUUAGCCCAUUAAAAUAAAAAUAAAAACCUAUCAUUAAAUAAAACUCUUUCCGAAAAUCAGAAACUUCUUUUUUUAUGGGAUUAAAUAGAAUGAAUAAUGAUUCUGCUAUUGAAACAGGUACUUUUAGAAAUAGAGUUGAAACUUAAGAUAGAACUUAAAUUCCAGUUAUCAAUUCAUAAAGAUUUUAUGGAAGAAAUACUUUUACCAACUUAGUGACAUCCCCAAAAAAUAAUAUAGUUACUUCCACCAAUCUUCUUAUUCCAAAGAAAAUAAUAUGA